AUGACUGGAACGAUAAUUGAGAACUUAAGUGGUAGAAAACUCGCCAUCUUAGUGAGUUUCCUGUUAUUGUGUCAACUAACAUGUUUCCUUAUCGGAUUGGUCGCACCCAUGCCUGCAAACGUUCAGAGCAUACUCGGCACAGUUUGUAAAGAUACAACUACAGUGAAAAAUGACACUACAAAAUGGUUUUAUAACCGUGGGAAGGGCUCGUGCAAGAAUGUCAACCUUGGCUACACGCAUCAUGACUUGUUGGAAACCGAUAUAGUUUUCGCUUUUCAAAUGCCGCUUCCUAGAGAGAGCAAGACAUUGGACUAUUCGAGAUGGCAACAAAACUUAAUCGGAGUAUUGCAAAUGGAUAUUAAAUACCAUUCGCAGGUCGAAAUGCCACCGAGGAGUACAGUUACAAUUGACGCACGCCUAGCAUAUAGGAAUAAAGGCGACCCCGAGGACGAUUGGAAGUUAUAUACACAAUCUAUCGAAAAACGCCAUUUAGACUGUGAAAUUGAUAUUAAAAGUGAGGAAUAUCUAUAUAACUGUUCAGCUAUACCAUUAUUUGAGCUUGGUUCUUUGUUUCACGAUUUCUAUGUUCUUAAUGUGAGAUUACCUGUAGAUACACCUACUAUGAAUUCUCACAUUCGCCAUAUACAAGAUAUGUGGUUCAAAUUUCUUAUGCUGGCUACACUACUAUGUGCUGCACUGACAGUAAUAGAUUUCAUGUUAGGACAGGUUGCAGAGGGCCGGUGGAAAUGGGAUGAUAAUAUUGAAUUAGAGUAUACCUCUGCAUUUUUUACUGGUGUUUAUGGAAUGUGGAAUAUCUAUAUUUUUGCUUUGUUGGUGCUAUAUGCACCAAGUCAUAAGCGUUGGCCAGCUGUGGAAAAUGCUUCGGAUACCCAGAAUUUAAGCGAGGAAAAAUAA